CCUGAAGACCAGGAAACCCCCUGGCUACGGCAGCUGUGAGCAAGCUCAGCCUGAGGGAGCUUCCACCCCUGAGCCAACAGGAGGGAGAGCUCGGGCCUGCAAUGGAGGUGGCCGGGCACAAGCAGGAGAGGGCAGAGCAGCUGGCCCCACCAGGGCCCUCAGUGCUUCACCUUGCUUCCCAUUUGCCCAGAAAGGACUGCCAACCAGAUGGAGAGAAACAGAGCUGCAGCUGUAAAUCACAGGCCCUUUGGAGCUGUCCCAGUCAGGCAUCCAGGGGCCUGGGCCCCCUGCCUGCUCCAGCUCCAUGCUCCGGCUCCCGGGAGAGCUGCCCCCCACCCUUCCCUCUCUCUGGCCCCAGAACAGAGCGGGCUGUGUGUGCAGGGCUGGCACUGCUCCCUCCGGCCUCCCAGAGCAAACACAAGCCCAAGCCCCAGGCACAGCCAGGCCCCAGAGCCCGGGCUUGAUCGAGCUGUGGGGGUGGCCUUGCGCCUGGGCCCCUGGUGAGGAGGGCCAGCACCCUGGGCUUCCUGACUUCAGCAGAGACCCAGAUCGGUCCCCAGAACACACUCCGCCACAAGCAGGAGCUCAGAAAGCAGAUAAUGAAUGCUCCAGCCCAGAGAGCCAGCACCUACGGGGCCCUGAGGAGUCCACUGGGGUUUGGCACGGUCUCCUCAUAGCUGCCUGGGCCAAGAUUGGAGCUGGAGGGAGCAUCACUGGGCUGAAGUUUAACCCUCUCAAUACCGACCAGUUUUUCACCUCCUCAAUGGAGGGAACAACUAGGCUGCAAGACUUUAAAGGCAACACUCUCCGAGUUUUUUCCAGCUAUGACACCUGCAACUUCUGGUUUUGCAGCCUGGAUGUGUCUGCCAAAAGCCGAAUGGUGGUCACAGGAGACAACGUGGGCCAUGUGAUCCUGCUGAACAUGGACGGCAAGGAGCUUUGGAAUCUGAGAAUGCACAAAAAGAAAGUGACCCAUGUGGCCCUGAACCCGUGCUGUGACUGGUUCCUGGCCACAGCCUCCGUAGAUCAAACAGUGAAAAUCUGGGACCUGCGCCAGGUUAGAGGGAAAUCCAGCUUCCUCUACUCGCUGCCGCACAGGCAUCCUGUCAACGCAGCUUGUUUCAGUCCCGAUGGAGCGCAGCUCCUGACCACUGACCAGAAGAGCGAGAUCCGGGUUUACUCUGCCUCCCAGUGGGACUGCCCCCUGAACCUGAUCCCACACCCUCACCGCCACUUCCAGCACCUGACGCCCAUCAAGGCAACCUGGCAUCCUCGGUACAACCUCAUUGUCGUGGGCCGAUACCCAGAUCCUAAUUUCAAAAGUUGUACCCCCUAUGAAUUAAGGACGAUCGAUGUGUUUGAUGGAAGCUCAGGGAAGAUGAUGCAUCAGCUCUAUGACCCAGAAUCUUCUGGUAUCAUUUCGCUCAAUGAGUUCAAUCCCAUUGGGGACACGCUGGCCUCUGUGAUGGGUUAUCACAUUCUCAUUUGGAGCCAGGAGGAAGCUGGGAUGCAGAAGUGAGAGACAUUAAUGAAGGUGUGGGCCAAGCAGGGCUUGGAGCCACACGAGAACAAGUCCUGCAAGAAGAGGCGGCUGUGUGUUAAAGGGCAAAGGUAUCCAAGUCUUAGGGUUGGAGCAGGGGCACUGUGGCAUGGGACACUAUGGGACUGGGACACUGGCAUGUUUCUGUUCUGGACUCAGCUCCAGAAACUUCUCUAGAGUUGGCGACCCAGCUGCUCCAGAGGUCUCUGCUGUAUCUAACCUAAAGCCAAGCUACUUUUUUCCUUUCUGACGUGCAGUGGCAGAGCGAUCAGGUAGUGGUUUCCGAUGUGUGUUCACUGUUGACAUGGCAAUAAAAGAAUACCCAACUGA